AUGGAGCUCUAUGAAGGCGAAAGUCAUUAUAGGAAAAAGAUGCAGGAUACAAGCAAAAUUCCUAUUGUUAAAUUCACGAAAGCAAGAGGACAGUCAAAAUCUUCGCUUUUAUUAUCUCCUCAGAGCGAUUAUACCGAUAAUGAAGACAGUGGUCUAUUUGUUACAUCAUUUUAUGAUUCAGUUUAUGCGAAUGAAUCCGAUCAGGUAAAAAAAAUUUAUAACAGAGGGCAAACGUGCGAGCAACCAAGAACGCAUCAGUUUUUGUGGGCUUUACCGCGAGAUACAAGUGAUUGCGAUAGUGACUCGGCUGCUUCAUGCAGUUCUAAAAGUAAGACUGCAAAAAUCUCAAAAAAAAAACUGCGGGCCGCUUUGUCUUCUGUUCAUCAACCUGAAUUACUUAAUGCAGAAACCAAUGAUCGAAAUUCAACUAGUUCCAGUGAUUCGUCAUUUCGGGCGGAAUAUAUGACUCGCAUAAGUGCUAUCUUUGAUAAAGCUAAGAAUAGAGAGCGUCAGCUGGUGCACUCACAUAAGAACAAAAAAGUCGCAAAAAAUGCUGAUUCGCUUGGACAAGUCUAUCAAACGAUCACUGCCCAAGAUGCACGUUGUGUCGAGGAUGAAAUUGGAAUGCAAAAUAGUGACUAUGCACCAGCAGAAGCGCUUCCUUCAAAUAAGGAUUUACUUACUCAGUCAUCAUCGUUUUUCGACUGGUUUCAUGUGUUUAAAGCCUCUAGUGGUGAAAGUAGUAAAGCCAUGAAGUUUGAGCAGCCAUGGAUGUUUCAAGUUUUGAUCAAGAGAUGA